AAUUUUCUGGCUCUUGGCACGGCUCCCUUGAGCAUUCAUCCUCUGCUCUGCAGCACGCCAGCAAUGAAGAAGCCGAUGGAGGGAAUGGUCCGCUGUUCCGCCAACUACGUCCCCCUAUCACCGAUCAGCUUCCUCGAGCGCUCGGCGGUGGUGUACGGCGAGAGGCUCUCCAUCGUCUACGGCGACGUCAGCUACACGUGGCGGCAGACGCGCGAACGGUGCGUCAGGCUCGCCUCCGCGCUCUCCCAGUCCGGCGUCUCCCGCGGCGAUGUGGUGGCAGCAAUUGCCCCAAACAUUCCAGCGAUGUACGAACUCCAUUUUGGUGUGCCUAUGGCUGGGGCUGUUCUCUGCACACUCAAUAUUCGCUACGAUUCGACGACCGUCUCAGUGUUACUAAGGCAUUCAGAGGCCAAGGUCAUAUUUAUAGAUUCCCAGUUUCUUAGCGUUGUGGAGGGAGCAUUCAAAAUAUUGUCCAAGCAAGUGUCAAAGUUGCCUCUUCUGAUCUUGGUCUCAGACCCCAAUCAACCUUCAAGCUGUACCAAAAACUCCCCUUCCAUUUAUCAAGAGUCGGAGUAUGAAAGUUUCUUAGCACUCGGUAAACUCAAUUUUGAAGUCCGACGGCCUGAAGAUGAGUGGGAACCGAUCUCUCUCAACUACACUUCUGGAACCACAUCGAGUCCAAAAGGGGUUAUAUACAGCCACAGAGGUGCCUAUCUCAAUUCUCUUGCAGCGGCACUUCUGAACGAUAUGCGCUCUAUGCCUGUUUACUUAUGGUGCGUUCCGAUGUUUCACUGCAAUGGUUGGUGCCUCACUUGGGCUAUUGCUGCUCAGGGUGGCACGAACGUAUGCCUUCGGAAUGUCACAGCCAAGGGAAUAUUUGAUAAUAUCUGUCGGCACAGGGUGAGCCACAUGGGCGGUGCCCCCACUGUCCUGAACAUGAUUAUAAAUGCUGGCGAAGCUGACCGGAGCCCUCUAUCAGGUAAGGUGGCAGUGAUGACAGGUGGAGCCCCGCCACCGUCUGAGGUCCUCUUCAGGAUGGAAGCCUUAGGAUUUGAUGUGACUCACUCGUAUGGGCUGACUGAAACCUAUGGGCCUGGGACAGUCUGCACGUGGAAGCCUGAGUGGAACGUGCUGCCCCCUGAUGCACGGGCGAAGAUCAAAGCCAGGCAGGGGCUGCACCACCUUGGGCUCGAGGAAGUGGACAUUAAGAAUCCCCGGACGAUGGAGAGUGUCCCGGGGGAUGGUAAAACGAUGGGUGAGGUUAUGUUUCGGGGAAACACUGUCAUGAAUGGUUACUUGAGGGAUGUGAAGGCAACAAAAGUGGCUUUUGAUGGAGGGUGGUUUAGGAGCGGGGACCUAGGUGUGAGACACAAGGAUGGGUACAUAGAACUGAAAGACCGGGCGAAGGAUAUUAUUAUCUCAGGGGGAGAGAACAUUAGCACGAUCGAGGUGGAAUCGGUUCUGUUCAGUCAUCCAGCCAUUCUCGAGGCAGCUGUUGUGGGGAGACCUGACAAGUACUGGGGAGAGACCCCGUGCGCAUUUGUGAAGCUGAAGGAGGGAUUUACGACGAGCGAGGAGGAUAUAAUCAAGUACUGUCGAGACCAUAUGCCUCAUUACAUGGCUCCUCGAACUGUGGUUUUUGCCGAGCUUCCAAAGACUUCGACGGGGAAAACUCAGAAAUUUGUUCUCCGGGAGAAGGCCAAGGCCAUGGGGAGCAUCUCGAAGACGAUCACCAGUGCCGGUGCAAGUUUGAGGACCCCGGUCAAUGUCUUAGCAGCUGUAAUACAUAGAUUUGAACUCGAGAUCUUGGGAACAGAACCGGUUGAAGAGGUCAUCCCAUGGCUGUACGGUGUAACUAGGAUGGACCGACUCCUAAUAGUUGCUCCAUAACUUCGCCAACUUUAAUGAGAGUUUGUCUCC